AUGAAUAUCACUUCAAUUUUCACCAUAUUAAUUAUAUCUCUCCUCCUCUUUCAAAGUUCUAUUCUUUCCGACCAAGCGCCAUAUUAUACGUUCACCCACGACGCGAACACCGCACCACCGGUCGCGUACUACGAUUACAUAAUCGUGGGCGGAGGGACCUCGGGAUGCGCGUUGGCAGCGACAGUAUCCCAAGGUGCCAAAGUUCUUCUCCUAGAGAGAGGAGACAUGCCAUACGGGAAUCCAACCAUUAACAACAUAGCUACAUUCGCCGAAACCCUAUCAAACACUUCUCCGACGUCUCCAUCUCAGGCGUUUAUCUCCACCGACGGCGUUCUUAACUCCCGGGCACGCGUUCUAGGCGGCGGUACGUGUCUCAACGCCGGUUUCUACAGCCGGGCGAGCUCCAUUUACGUGGAGAAAGUGGGUUGGGAUCCAAAACUUGUGAAGGAAUCGUUCGAAUGGGUUGAGAAGAAAGUUGUGUUUCAACCGCCGGUUCUUCAAUGGCAAUCGGCGGUUAGAGAUGGGCUUUUGGAAGCUGGAGUUCAUCCUUAUAAUGGGUUUUCGUUUGAUCAUAUAAUGGGGACUAAAGUUGGCGGGACUAUCUUUGAUCAAGAAGGUCGUCGGCACACCGCCGCCGAUUUGCUUGAAUAUGCUCAUCCGGCCAAUCUCACCGUUCAUCUUAAUGCAGUUGUUCAUCAAAUCACCUUCCACCCUGAGACGGCGGCGGCGAUGCGGCCGGCGGCGGAUGGUGUUUUAUAUAAGGACUCGAAAGGGAACAUGCAUAAAGCCUUACUAAAUGAAGGGCCUAUGAACGAAGUUAUUUUAUCGGCUGGUGCAUUAGGUAGCCCACAAUUACUAAUGUUAAGUGGUAUUGGGCCUAGAAACCAUCUCAUGGCCCAUGGGCUAAAUGUCAUUUUGGACUCUCCCAUGGUCGGGCAAGGAAUGACCGACAACCCGAUGAACGCGGUUGUCGUGCCUUCCCCACGACCUGUCGAGGUCUCGCUCGUGCAAGUUGUGGGUAUUACAUCGUUUGGGAGUUACAUCGAGUCAACUAGUGGGUUACAGUUCGGAGUUAGACUCCCCACCUUUCGAGAAUACGUGUCCCUAUUAAAUCAGGCAAAUAAAUCAUUAUUUCAGACAAAUUUGGGCAAUACAGUAUUACCCGAGGACUUUACACCAUAUUUCAACCCGGUUUUGAGAUUUGGAAUUAUAUUAGAGAAAAUAAUCGGGCCGGCAUCGUCGGGCUAUCUUGAACUCGAAUCGACGGAUCCAAAUGAAAACCCGAGAGUUACAUUCAAUUAUUUCAAAGAGACACAUGACUUGGAAAGAUGUGUACAUGGGGUGAGGACAAUAAUACAAAUUUUAGAGUCGAAUGCGUUAUCGAGUUUUCGAUAUCCAUUGUUGUCAGUUCGAACCCUAAUGGACAUGAUGUUAAUCCUGCCCGUGAACCUUCGACCUAGACGCCUUAGGACGACAUACUCGUUGGAACAAUAUUGUAGGGAUACGGUCAUGACCAUUUGGCAUUACCAUGGAGGGUGUCAAGUAGGAAAAGUGGUGGACCGUGAUUAUAAAGUCUUAGGAGUGGACAAUUUAAGGGUAAUUGAUGGUUCUAGUUUUAUUGACUCACCAGGGACCAAUCCUCAAGCAACUGUCAUGAUGUUGGGCAGGUAA